AAGGCGGCUAAAAGGAAAGUGAAAGUAAAAAAAAAAAACCCAGAGGAAAGCCGCUUUGAGCACACAGGGGUUGAGGAAUCUCUCCUCUCAAUGUUUAAACUCUAAAGUGUGUCGGAUAAUCUGUAUUUUUAACAUUUCUCCACAAUGUCUCGGGGUUCAAACGCUGGCUUUGACCGCCAUAUCACCAUCUUCUCUCCAGAAGGGCGCUUGUAUCAAGUCGAGUACGCCUUUAAGGCCAUCAGUCAGAGCGGACUGACCACCGUGGGCAUCAGAGGACAAGACUGUGCCAUCGUUGUCACGCAGAAGAAAAUUCCAGACAAGCUUCUGGACGCUUCUACGAUUACAAACAUGUUCCGCCUCACGCCGCGCAUUGGAUGUGUGAUGACUGGACAUUAUGCCGACAGCCGCUCUCAGGUGCACCGUGCCCGCGUGGAGGCCGCUGAAUGGAAGUAUAAGAAUGGGUAUGACAUCACGGCGGACAUGUUGUGUCGACGCAUCGCUGAUAUCUCGCAGGUUUACACACAAAACGCUGAGAUGAGGCCUCUGGGCUGCUGUAUGAUGCUGAUAGCUGUGGAUCCUCAGCAUGGCCCCGUCCUGUAUAAGUGCGACCCGGCCGGGUAUUUCUGCGGUUUUCACGCCACGGCUGUCGGAGCCAAACAGACGGAGGCCAACAGCUACCUGGAGAAAAAAAUGAAGAAAAAACCAGAGCUUACUUUUGACAGGACAGUAGAGUUGGCGAUCUCCUGCCUCUCGUCAGUCUUAUCGAUGGACUUUAAGGCCACUGAGCUGGAGGUGGGCGUGGUUAGUAAAGACAAGCCCAAGUUCAGGUAUGAAGCUAAAACAUGUAAUGAGUACGAACAGCUGUCAAUCAAGUUUGUUAUUACUGUAAUUCCUUUCUCUUUUCAGUGAUGAGCGAAGCAUCUAUCCCUCCAUCCCUCCCUCCUCUCUCUCCUCUCUCUUCUUCCUGAACUUUUUGUUCCAUUGUAUACAUCUCUUCCUGUCACUCUUCCAUUCUCUUUCCAGCUUUCUUUCUCAUGGUUCCUUUCUCCCUCUCCCUCAAUUUUUACUUUUCUUUCCCUUCUUUCUUUCUUUCUUUUUCUUUCUCUUCAAUGUUUUCUUUCUUUCUUUUUUCUUUCGUGCUUUCUUUUGUUGCUCUCUUUCUUUUUUCUAACACGUCUUUCUAUCUUUCAUUCCUUCAUUCUUUCUUUCUUUUUCUCUCUUGUAAAUGUUUUCUUUCUUUCUUUCUUUCUUUCUCUUGCAUUCUUUGUGACCUCAAUGCUUCCUUUCUUUUAACUAUUUUAACUAAUGUUUCUCU